GUCACGCCACAACCUUCGUCGCGUCAGGUGUACACGGCUCUCCGAGGACCAACGGGACUCUCCUCGGCUGCUCGCGAGUUCUAUCGAUCGCCGGUGGCCACCGCCUCGAUAUUUCUUUUCGACAUAACUAGUCUCGAGAAACAUCCAGGGGGACCGAAGAGACACGCGAAACGCGAAAGAUGUGGCUGUCGAGAACGUGGAUACUGCUGGUUCUGUUUGGUCUCGCGAGUUGCGACGACCGCGAGGAAGAGGAUGCGUCCACCAUAUUCCUGGAGGCGGCGAAAUCCUUCUUCUCGAACAAGGAUAACAUAAACGGCAUCCAGGGACUGGCCAGCGCGUUCGUGCAGUCGGACGCAGGAAAACAGGCGAACGAGGCGAUCGGUGGCAAGUUGAACAUCGAUGGCGUGGGGCAGAUCAUCUCGGGGAUCGGGUCGUUGUUCGCCGAGAACGAGAACCGCCAGGGUGUCGACUAUUCGGUGAUAGGCUCGGUCCUGGACAGCAUGGUGAACUCGAACAAGAACGCGAAGAGGGUCACCAGGGACACGGACGCGAAGCAGGAGCCCAGCGUGGACCUGGAUGGCCUGCUGAAGAUGGGAAACAUGCUGUUCGGACAGAACGUGUACUCCGAUAUCGCGAUGGGCGUGAUGCCCAUGUUGCUGCAGAAUUUCGCCGGUGGGAGCAACGAGGUGGACGGCGAGCCAGAAAAAUUGCACGACCACUCGAGCCACUCUUGGUACAUGCCGCCCAUCCUCGAGAAUCUGCACGUCAUGUGGGACCAUUUCCGUAACUCGGAACUGGGCCAAACUCUGUGGAAGAACAGCGGCCUGGCGCAGUUCGUCGGUCAGAUGUCCGAUCCCGACGGACGUAUCCGUUACGAGGAGAUCCUGGACAGCUUCGAGAACCCGGCACUGCGUCGACGGUGGAUCAGAGUGUUGACGAAUUACGUGGGGGAGUGGAUCUCCCACGUGUCGGACCCGCAGAUCCAGCAGCGUUACUUGAACACGGUGCAGUUCGUGGGGAACAGUUUCCUCAAGUCGCAAGGCUUCUCGAAGCUGGCCAUGUUCGACGCGAUGAGACCGGUCGAGAGCCUCUGCAGGUUAACGGACGUGGUCGCGAAAAGGCACUUGGGCAUGAAGUUCGACAGCUCGCAGUACAUCAAACCGGCGGUGGCGUACGUGCAGGAAUUGAUCGCCCUGGCCUCCGAGAAGGGUUUCAUAAUGUCUCGAGUGAACGCCAGGGAGAUCAGCAACAGACUCAGCGACGUCAUCAACAACGACAUCAUCGAUCCCAUGUUAAAGUCCUAUCGCGCGUACAAGUGGGCGAUCAAGAUGCCCCAGUGCGCCAGUCAGAUCUUGUGCACCAUCAACGAGAACGAACAGAACGAGAAGCAAUCGCCCCUGCGCAGUGGUUUGCUGAAGGUGACCAGCUUCCCUACCGCCUGGGCCGUCAGCAACAAGCUAGGAACCAGUUUCUGGCUCCUGUACGGGGCCAUCACGGAACAGGAUAGAUGCGUCCAAAAGUAUCCGGCCGAUUGCACGGAGUUCCACGAAGAGGAGAUUCGCGUGACCACGGAGAGCGUUCACAGCGAACUUUGAUCACCGAUUCAGUGUAACCCUCGUGAAAGACAUUUUUGAUUACAUAAGUCAAGCUCUACGGAUCGCGAUCGUCGCGUUCCGUCUAUCGUUUAUAAGACUGCGUUUACUACGCGCGACAAGAAGUAACCGAUUUUAUUUUAUUAAGAGGCUCGAUCCACGGUGAAGAAGUCGACGUAGGUAAGGGGAUUCGUCGCGUUCCAAAGUCCCCUUUACCUUCUUCGCGUGUACAUACGGGGGAGAAGAACCGCGGACGUGGCCGAAUAACAUAGGCGUUUAGUUUCUGAAAACCUUUUAUUUAUUGUGAAUCUGAGAAAGGAUGUUUGUUCAAUGUUGCACAACUAUCACCGAACUGCAAUUUUACGGUGCUCAAUGAUCUUCGAACAGAAUGUCUGCAAACGUGGCGGUACAGUGUUUCAAAUGCAAAGGCACCGGUAUACGAUUGCAUUCGUUGUUUGUCUUUUAAAUUCGUUUCCUCUAGGGAAAUCUAUAAAAAUUCUAUUUUACGAGAAGACGCGUAAGAAGGCAUAUUUCGUUAGAACAAACACCAGCCGGCACCAGAAUUUCGAGCCGAGGCUCUGUCGAGGAGGUACCGGAAGUCCGACGGCGCGCGAGCGUUCGUGCCGAUUUUAUUAACGGCAUUGUGUCUGCAACAGCUCUUGUAAAUAUUAGAUAAAAGCCAAAUAAAACUUAUAA